UUUGUGAAAUUGCAAAAUGCAGAAAACGAGAAAGAGCCAGAGAUGCAAAUUGGAACCCCAACAGAUGUAAAGCAUGUUGCACACAUUGGUUGGGAUGGAGAUUCUAUCAAUCAAAAUUCACCUAGCUGGAUGCAUGAUUUCAAAGAAUCAGGUGGAUAUUUAUCGACGCCCCUAGGGAAUUUUAUCAAAGAGGAUGGCUCUUACAUUUCCGAAGAUUCAACUCGAUCACGUAAUACACUAAGACAUCCAAUGUCAUCGAAAGACCGUUCGAACAAUGUGGAUUCACCAAUAAAAGGACGAUCACGACGUGGAACCUUAAGCUCUAGUGGGAAUCCAAAAACUUCACGGAGAUCAAAAAAGACUUGUGAUAAUCCUGAAGAUAGUUCUAUAAAAUAUCGUAGAAGAAAAACUAAAGAUUGUGCGAGUGAUGGAUCUUCAAGAUCUUCGCGUACAACAUGUGGAUCACACUCGCAGACAGAAUCUAUAAUGUGUAAUGCAGAAUCAGUGCUAUCAAUCUCAACUGAUGUUUAA